GGUGCCUUAAAGCGCACGACUCUUGUGGAACCAUGCGUGGCCGUACGUAAUCACGCACCCGGGCGGCGUUCUAAACGCCAAGCUUUUUUGGAGUCAAGGCUGGGAAAUUUUAAACGACUCGCACCGUCGAGAGCAGUUUUUCUCGCUGCAAACGUCAGUGGUGAUUCCCGUCGAGACCACGGCGCUGCGUACGCCGCGUGGUUUGCUGCUGGAGGUCGAGUCCGACCAAAAUCACUGUCGUUCGACUGAGGAAGCCGGGGCGCCUGUGUUCCCUCUCCCCGCUAAACUCAUUCAAACAGGUGCCGAUAAAGGAAGCGACAAGCUCGACGCUCUCUCCAUCUGUUUCGAGUGAGAGCGCGCAUAAAAAAAAAAAAAAAAAAAAAGAAUAUCGUGGGCGAGAGGGGCUCCAGCCGCUCGAGCACGGCUGGUCCAUGAGCGCGUCGCGCGUCAGAAACAUGUCGCUACUCAUUGUGCUAAGCGGUAUAGGCGCGGCAGUCGCCGCCGCGCUUCUGUACCGGUACCUGAACCGUCGGUACCGGCCUCCCGUGCUUCUGGAAGACCCCGAGACCAAAUACACGGUCAGUAUGGUGGAGCGGGAAGAGAUCAGCCACGACACUCGGCGAUUCCGCUUCGCCCUGCCUUCGGCCGAGCACGUCCUGGGACUGCCCACCGGCCAGCACAUCUACCUGGUGGCCACCGUUAACGGUCAGCUGGUGCCAAGGCCGUACACGCCCGUGACGAGCGACAAGCACCAAGGCUACUUCGACCUGGUCGUCAAGGUGUACUUCCGCAACGUGCACCCCAAGUUCCCCGAAGGGGGCAAGAUGUCGCAGCACCUCGAGAGCAUGAGCGUCGGCGACACCAUUCAGGUUCGAGGUCCUUCGGGGCUGAUACGGUACGAAGGCAGGGGCAAGUUCGCCAUCAAGCCCGACAAGAAGUCGCCGCCCCAACCGUAUCAAGCGUCGGAGAUCGGCAUGAUCGCCGGUGGGACGGGUAUCACCCCAAUGCUUCAGAUCAUCCGACAGGUGUUCAGCGACCCUGCAGACAAGACCAACUGCUCGCUGAUCUUUGCCAACCAGACGGAGGAUGACAUCCUGCUGCGGCCCGAGCUGGAAGAGGUGCUCCGGCAGAACCCUGACCGCUUCCGUCUCUACCUGACGGUGGAUCGGCCCAAGGAAGGCUGGACGCAGGGCGUCGGCUUUGUCAGCGCCGACAUGAUUGAGCGGAAUCUGCCAGCCCCGUCCGAUAACUCGGUCAUCCUCAUGUGUGGUCCGCCACCCAUGAUCAACUUUGCCUGCAAGCCUAACCUGGAGAAACUCGGCUACAGCCCGAAGCGGUGCUUUGCCUACUGAAGACCUGAUUGUGACAAGAUGGGGGGGGGGGGGGGCGUAUGUUUUAGUAUAGGAUAUCAGAUAUUGCUCUGUCUGCCAUAGGUCAUGGGUUGGUACCCGGCGUCCAAGAAAAAAAAAAGAAACGAAAGACCUCUUAGCGUAGAACAUGCAAGAUCUAUAAGUUCUAGUACGUUCACAAGGAAGCUUACUCUCUUAUACCACAUUAUGUGAAAAAGAGAAAUUUUCAGAGCAGUCCGUUUGAAUUAUAAUCGCUGUAUUGCCAGCAAUUAUUGUAACCUCGUCAUAGUUUAAAAUGUGCUUUUUACGAUGAACAGUAGUAUCUUUUCUCGUUUAUUCAUUUGACGGUUCUGGGUUCUCGGCACCCAGUUGUCAUGGGUUAGUGGCCAGCCUGCAAGAGCUGCAUACUAACCUUGAUGUCUAAUUGAACUUUGAUUUCUUUGUACGUAUAAGACCUGUAGGCUUCACAAACUUGAAGCGAGCUCUUUUUGCUGCCUUUGGCUUGCAACAUAUUCUAUGUGGCCUUUCCAUGUACGUUUCCCCGUAGACUGACUAUUUAAAAAGAAAUAUAUAUGUGUUGUACUCCUCCAGAACACGUGAUAUUCCAAGCACAGUCUUCAGAUAUUCCUGCUGAAGUGGCUUAGUAUCAUGAACCUUUCAGAACUCUCAUUCAUUACAGAAACAGUUGCAUUUUUGGCUUCUGUAUAACAGGUUCUUGAAGUGAUAACAGUGCUUUCGUGAUAAAGGAAGCUGUGAGGAUUUCACUGGGAGAGAGACAACAGGGCAGCCCGGGUGCAGAGCAAAGAUUUAUUGGCACUAUAGUAUUGAGACUAUGUUACAUAGACGAUGCCACCAGACAGUCGUGCACAGGAACUCGGGUGCAUGUAGGUGGUUCCACCUUGCAAUUAAUUGCAUGCAUGCAUGCAUACAUCCACAUACACACAAAUACCUAAUGAGAGAGAGAAAGAAAUAAUGGCAGAGGACUUCAGGUGGAUGCAGAUGGCGCCACCAUGCACACAAGACCCCUGGUGAUGACCUUAGCAGUCUUGUUAUGACCAAGCUGUUUACCGACUCCUAAACCUUUCAGUAAGGCACUGUCAUAGGUGCUUCAUUUGAAUGUUACUUGCGCCUCAUAUAAAAUGCCAUCUGGUAAUAUACCUGCUGCUUACUGGUAACUGUAACAUAGUUCUUUAGUUUCAAUCGAGUAACUUAUGAAGGCCGGUAAGGUAGUUGUUGAGACAGUGAUAUGUGUAAUUGGGUAUGUACUGUUAGAAUAGUUUUCGGGGCUGUCAGCACCCUUGUGUGCUCUUCAUAAGACUUCGCUUGGGUUAGAAUGCUGUGUGGAAAAACGGCACAGUGCGUCCAGCUCGCAUGAAGUCUUGUUUGGAGUUAUUUGUAUUUUUCAAAGCUUUUUUCAUGAUAUUUAUCACAUAUUUAUCACACGGAUUUGUUGCUUGCUCAACACUGAUCAGCAUCUGUGUUUUACUACCCUGGUACGUGGCAGUUUGGUGCUUGUAUUCUUUAUAGGCCACUUGGCCAAAGCAGAAAAAGAAAAGGCUGACAUCCUUGAUUACAUUUUUGCAUACUGCUGCCGUAGCAUAGUUUACUGAAGCCCAUUUAUUAGGCUACAGGCUAAUGCAGCUGUACAUUCAUUUUUUUUUUCAAGUGGGUACCUUUGAUGUUUUCAAAAGCAGCAUUGUAUAUUAAUUCUCUAAUUGCUCUCAGGUGUGCCGAUAGCCUGAGCAAAUUUGUGCAGCUUAGAUGAAAGUUUUCUUUUUUGUGCUCCCUUUUUCUUGAGAAAUACCUGAAAUGAGUAAUUCUGGAUACAUGUUGAAAACAAACGAGGGACUGUCAUUCUCCUUCUGAGGCUUGUCUGCUGGACAGUUAUUGCCAUGUAAUUAACCAGUGUUUUUUUUACAACGGGCUGUGAUGAUUACUGCAGUUUUAUCAGCCAUUCUCAUAAAGUUGGCCUCUUUUCAGCUCAUUGGAUUUUUUGUUUCAUUGCAUGUAAUAUUUGUCUUUCUUUUCUGCUAUAACUGCCCACAGAGGAGAAAGCAGCUCGUCUGUGUUCAUUUUGCUCAGCUAUGUCCUUUUUUGUAUUUGAUAUUCUGAAAUCGUGUUAUACCUUGUAUGAUGCUUUCGUCUUACUAUGGUACUUGCGUCUCCCCACGAUGGUUUGUGCAUCAUGGCACAAUUCGGGAGUGGCCACUUGGUAUCUUUUCACUAUUUUAUUCCUUAACAUGAUGCCAGGAAAUGGUAUUGCUUUCAAGUUUACACCACUAUUGCAAGAGGCAGUGCAUAGUGAGCUUGCAUUCACUGCACAUAAAAUGCUAUCACGUAGAAUGCCUUUGUGCAGACAAGAGUUUAAGUUAGCCAUCUGUGCUUGAUGGGGUAUUUUGCUCGAAAGUGGACAGGCUGGUAUGGUAGCCUGGUUAUGUAAUCGGGAGUACGAUGGAGCACCAUCUGGUUGGAUAAAAGCAUCACCAAUAGAACUGGUCACCGACCAAUGUAAGAAAAAGGACGUUUCGAGAUCUCGACAAAUUUUAAAAUGUGAAUUUUUUUUUUAUUGGUCAGGGACCAUUUCUACAAACGUUUAAACAGCGCAUAACACGAAGGAAAGAAAAAUGGGGGAUGAAACACAGACUACCAAAUGAGAUUUGUGCGACUUGCAAUAUAGUACACAAGCAAAACAUGAAAGACAACGGUCAUGGACAUUGAAAACCUAAGCAAGAACUAAAUAUGAAUGCACUUGUGUACAAUAUGGAAGUCUAUCACGAUGCUGUUCUGUAGCUUAAUUGCACGGUCAAACAGUCAAGACGGCAGAGGGUGUGCUAGCACAAGGUGAUCAAUAAAUGUGUGCUUCAAAUUCUCUGUAAAUUUGUCGCACGUGUUGUGCGUCCUGUGCGGGUGGUAUCUUUUGACUUGUUUCUCAAAUAUCUGUACCUUCUGUGCGCUCAUUUGGUGGUCACUGCUACCGCUCAAGGCUUUUCUUAUGAAUGCAUGCACAAGAAAGCCAGCCUCUGGUCAUUAAACAGCUGUCCAUAUCCUGAAACAGCGAGUUUCAGGGUAGAUGCUUGCCAAUUGUCUCGUACCUGUGGUUUUAAACGACAUAGUGACAUCUGACCUUGUGCGUAUACCUGCUUGAGCAUUUUCUCUCUUGCCAGAGGCCGAUGGGGCUAUUGCAGAUGUGAUCAAAAUGUUAAUGUUAGCAAAGCACGCUGUCCAUCUUCCAAGUUGAAUUUUCUGGCUGUAAUGUUUCAGUAGGUUUAUAGGUCUGCGUAUAUUUAAUCUUUAACAUAAUGGGUCUAUUAUUUCAAUAAAGUUACACAAGGCAAAUAUUUUAACCAUAUACUUGCCUAAUUAAUGACUAUCCGUAAAAGUUGAAUCUUUCUAGUACAGCUCGCAAAUUAUCUGACGAAAAGCGACUUUUUCAUAGAACCAGCCAUAUUUAAUUCUAUAGUUGCCAUUGCCUUUUGUAUACAUGCACUAUGAAAUGUUGCGAUUUGUUUCAUGUUAUUUCGGUGUCCUUUGUUUGUUGAUGUUUCGACAUGUAGGAAGUUCCCCAUUGUUCGAUUUGCUUGUUGUUACACAACGGGUAGGUGUGCUUCAAACUUCAUGUACAUGAGUGCGCGAGCUGUACAGAGACAUAUUUUUGUGGAUUGUUCGUUGAUGCAUAUGCAAGCGAGUAGGCUGUAGGUAUCCUGACUGCCAUUAAUGGAGUCACGAUUAACUACAGCCUUAACUUAUUUUCGAGAGAAGGAAACGUGUUGUAGCUCGCCAUAGACCAACACAUUUUGCGCCUCACAUCUUUCCAAGUGUGAAGGUCUUUGUGGUUGCUGUAGUAAAUAGACAAAUAAAAUGAUUGCUUCAUUCU